AGUCAAUAAGGCAUCAAAAUGGCGGAGCUUGAGCAGAUUCUACAAAAACUUCUUGUACCGGACAAUGCAGUGAUCAAACAGGCAACAUCAGAAUUGCGAGAGGCUUUCAAGAAUCCUGCAGUCGUCCCAUCGUUGAUUACAGUGUUGACCAGCUCACAGAAUCCCCAGGUGCGGCAGUAUGCUGCUGUUCUCCUCAGGCGACGUGUAGUCAAACAAUGGACUAAAUUAUCCCCAGAAAUACACCAAAUACUCAAACAGUCAUUAUUACAAGUUCUGAUCCAAGAGCCAAUCCAACUCGUUCGGCAUUCAACAGGUCAAAUUGUGAGUGUUAUUGCAAAGUUUGAAUUGCCUGCUGGACAAUGGCCAGAACUGUUACAAUUCUUGAACGAGUACAUCAGAAGCAAAGAACCUGCCCAAAGAGAAAUGGGAAUGUUUGUUCUGAGCUCAGUUACAGAGACUGUUGGAGAGCAGUUGAAGCCCCAAUUUCCUGUUCUUUUGACACUCUUUUCAUCAACAUUAGAAGACCAAGGCAGUAAGAUGGUACCAUUCUACACAAUAAGGGCUCUGAUGUCAAUGAUAGAAAGCAUUGGAACAGAUGAAGUGUCCUACAUCAGACCUCUAAUACCAAAGGUUAUGACUGUUGUUGAGGCUCUCCUUGAAGUAGAUGAGGAUAAAGCCUGCGAAGCCAUGGAAAUCUUUGAUGAGUUGGUUGAGUCUGAAGUCAGUAUUGUUACUCCACAUUUGGUGCCAUUGAUGGAGUUCUGUUUGAAGCUUGCAAUGAAUACCAAGUACACUUACAAUUCUCGUAUUAAGGCUUUAUCAUUCAUUAGUUGGCUUGCUCGCAUCAAACCUAAGUCGUUGAUUAAGAACAAACUUAUCAUGCCCACACUAGCUGUUGUUUUUCCAAUCAUGGCUGCUGCUCCCAGUGAAGAAGAAUUAGAAGAAAUGGAUGAGGAGUUGGAGGAUGGGGCAGAAGCCAGUAGACCUUGUGCUGUAGCCUCACAGGUUCUAGACAACCUUGCUUUACACCUUCCGCCAGAGACACUUAUUCCUCCACUGAUGGAAUUUAUCCAGCCUGCGGUUGGAAGUGCAAACCCUUACGAGAGAAAAGCAGCUCUUAUAGCAUUGGCAGUUCUGGCUGAAGGUUGUGCAGAUUACUUGAAAAACAGGUACCUGGAAGCGGCGCUUGAAACAGUUUGCAGAGGGUUGUCUGAUAGUCAACACAUUGUCCAGAAUGCUGCACUCUUUGCUCUUGGACAGUUUUCCGAACAUCUUCAGCCGGACAUUAGUGCAUACAGUGAAAAGAUUCUUCCAAUUUUGUUUGAACACCUUGGGCGUAGCACCAUGAACAACAAAGACCAGUGCCCUAGCGCAACGCGGACAUACUACGCAUUGGAAACCUUCUGUGAAAACCUAGGCGAAGGAAUACUACCAUAUCUUCCUGCUCUCCUAGAAAAGCUUUUAACGGUACUAUCAACAUCACAGAAUACACAUCUAAAAGAGCUGGCUAUAAGUGGCAUCGGUGCUACAGCUAGUGCAGCAAAAGAAAACUUAGUACCCUACUUUCCUCAAAUAGUGGAACUUAUCAAGGUUUACUUAACAAGCACUGCCGAUGGAAAUUUACUUCAGGUGCAAACUAUAGAUACUCUGGGAGUCUUAGCGAGAACUAUUGGUGCACAGAACUUUCUUCCACUUGCAGAAGAAUGUAUACAACUAGGGCUGAAUCUUCUUGCGCAAGACAGGGAUCCCGACCUAAGAAGAUGCACGUAUGGUUUGUUCGCAUCUAUUUCAACUAUCUUGAAAACCGAUAUGGAGAAAUUCUUACCAGACAUAAUGAAACAUAUGGUCGAUUCUUUACAAUCUACUGAAGGGAUCGUGACACAUUACGCAGAAGAAGACGAUCCGUCAUUCUUGCUGGAAGACGAGGAGGUGGAAGACGAAGAACUGGAAGAUGAUGAAGACAUUACCGGAUAUAGCGUGGAAAAUUCUUAUUUGGAAGAAAAAGAAGAUACGUGUAAUGCUUUAGGAGAAUUAGCAGAAAAUACAGGCAUCAAGUUCCUUCCAUAUCUCGACGAAGUCUCUAAAGAGGUUUUACGCCUAGUACAAUUUCCACAUACAGGAGUGCGUAAAGGUGCUGUAACAGCCUUGGGUCAAUUCUGUGUUGUUUUUCAUAAGGUCUUGGAAGAGAGUCAAACUCAAGAUAGAACACCCUUGCAACGUCUUGUUGCUACAACUGUUAACCUCUACAUCACCGUCAUUACAAAGGACAAAGAUAGGACAGUAGUCAUGGCAACUCUUCAGGCGUUGAACGAGAUGCUAACGAACAUGAAGGGUGCUGCGCUGGUCGGUGAAGGUCACGUGGACUCCAUCGUUGCGGCUGUAAGAGCUAUAUUUCUUCAACAGACUGGAUGUCAAGAAGACGAAGACGAAUCAUAUGACGGUGAUGACGAUCAGCAGGCGGAGUUCGACGCCAUGUUAAUCGAAUACUCGGGAGACUGUCUACCAGCCCUUGCUAAUGCUAUUGGUGGCCAAGCCUUCGCUCCUUACUUCGCAGGAUUCAUGCCACUUCUUCUUAAGAAAAUCCGCAAGUCGUUACCAACAUCAGACAAAUCGUUCGCCAUUGGUACCAUAUCAGAGGUUGUUUUGGCACUUGGCCCAGCGACCAUUCCUUUUGUCCAACACCUGUACCCAGUCUUUGUUGGAGCACUCAAAGACCCGGAUGAUGAAGUACGAAGUAAUGCUACAUAUGGACUGGGACUACUCGUCAUGAAUGGCGGUGAUGUUAUGGUUCCAUAUUACCAGGUGUUGUUGGAAGCCUUUUUCUCAAUGUCCUCGUCAGAACAGCCUGGUCGUGUUGUAGAUAAUGUUUGUGGUGCUGUGAGCCGGAUGAUUAUGGCGAAACGGUCAGCGGUACCCCUUGACAAGGUGUUUCCAAUGAUUAUCCAAUGUUUACCGCUCAAGGAGGAUUUUGAGGAGAAUCCUACCGUCUAUUCGUGUAUUAUUGAACUGUUUAGCGAUCAACAUCCACAGGUCAUGCAACAUCUUGGUCAUAUUUUAGGAAUCUUUGCUCAAGUUUUACCGUCACCUGACCUUCAAGAAGAUGUUCGUGCAGGAUUAGUUAACAUGACCAAGAGUGUUCGUCAACAAUAUCCUCAAGAUUUCGAGACCCUACUGCAUUCUUUACCACAAGACAGAGCGCAAAUCCUUCUUACAGCUACUCAAGCACCUAGUUAACGGUUUGAAUUAGAUAUAAAUAAGUUAAAUCAGUUCUUAUUUUGAACCUGCUAAUAUAGCGGGAUAUCAAGUUACUCCCAGUUCGAAAACGAUUUACUUCAAUUAAACGCAGGUUCUUCUAACAGCGUAUCGAAAUCUGUCAGUGUUUCACAGCACAAGAUUGGUUGACGAUAACAAAACAUUCCUCAUUAGCUUCUCUUGUUAGAUCAACCAACAAGGCGGCUGUUCUAUUGUUAUUUAUAUCUAAAGGGAUUUUUAGUUAUCUGGUUGCAAUCCAAUAAUUCUAUCAAAAAUUAUUUGCGUGCUGGCGAGCUACUAGAGCAAUUUAACAAGAGAUGUAAGUUUGAUUUGAACGCAAAGAUAUUUACAAUGACUCAGUCGAAAACCCAUGACACUUUAGAAUUAAUGGAUAUCACCGCAAUAUGGGUAUGACUGUGACAUGGAACCGUUCAAAAAUAUCACACAAAGUAAAUCUUUAAAAAAUUUUUGCGGGGAGGAAGUUUAGAAAUUGUUUCAGGUUUUGGUAAUUCCAUGUAGCGUACGUGUUAUGAAAGGUUCAUUUCCUGUGCGGAUACUCCAAUCGGGACUACUUCGAUAAACUAGUAUCAUUAACCAAUCAUAUUGCGACAUUUAGUUCAAUAUUUUUUAACCAGCCAAUCAGAUAGCGCAUCGAUAUUAUAAGAGCGUGAGAACGUGAUAAUCUGAUUCGCUAACGCUGUUAUGAGUUCAAUCUUUGUCUAGUUUACUGUUAUCUGAUUGGUCAGUUUAAUUCAAGUGGUCCCGGUUAUUGUGUCCGCACAGUAAUAUGACUAGGGGGACAAGAAAGGUGUUGAAUUUUGAAAAAUGAUUUUUUCAGAACCCCCGAUUUUAGAAGCAGUCAAAUGCCCACCCCUCGUCAUAUUAAAUGGAUCUUCCUUUCAGUCUUAAAGUAAUCUCAUCUUUAUAAUACUAUUUAAAUAUUCUGUCACUGACUUAGUAACUGAACAUUUUGAAAAAGGAUAGAUUAUAGUGAAUAGAAUAGAAAGUGAAUGCAACAAUUGAACCAUUAAAAAUGAAUCUACUUUUAA